UGAAAGUGUCUUGAUGAUGACUCGCCGCUGCAUCAUUUUUUUUCCUUUUUUUUUUUUUUUCCCCCCAACAUUUUUCUUUUCUGACGCUCUCAAUGUUUGAGCCGACGCGUUGACGGAGUGGAAGGAAGGAUGCGGAUGAAGUUGUCAAGUAAUGAGCGAGGAUGCUGAGGCUUUGUUGGGAGGACGACGAGGCUUUUGCUGCUUUGUCUUCUCCUGGUCCUCCCCGGAGCGCCGUGACAGGCAUUGUGGCGUGUCAGUGUUGGACUGCCACCACCACCACCACCACCACCACCAGCAGCAGCAGCAGCAGCAGCAGCGGUGGAGCGGGAGCAUGAGCCUGUACGGGAAGGAUGACACCAGCGGUCAAGCAGGAGGACGGAGCGAUAAUGGCGAUAAUGGUGACUCGUCCCGUGAGAGAGAAGAGAGUCAGCUGACCCCCUGCAUCAGGAAUGUUACAUCCCCGACCUGGCAGCAUGAUGGAGAAGGUGGUGAUGGAGGCUCAUCCUCCACAUCUCCUCCUGGGGCCUCUCUUCCGUCUUCAAAUGUAGAAGGAGGACACCUAUCCCAAACCCCGAGCCACGCAAGAGGGGACCUCCACCCCAACACCCUUGGUCAAAGACCAUGUGAUACAAUGGUUGUGUAUAAUAAAGAGUUUCAUCACGGAGGAGGAGAGUGCUUGACGCUCGUCGUGGACAAUACAAGAUUUGUGGUGGACUCCGCCAUCUUUACAGCCCAAGCCAACACCAUGCUGGGAAGGAUGUUUAGCUCCGGGUGGGACAACAAUUUCACAAGGCCCAAUGAAAAAGGAGAGUUUGAAGUGGCGGAUGGUAUCAGCUGCUCUCUCCUCAGAGCCAUUCUGGAUUACUACAAAUCAGGGAUAAUCCGCUGCCCUGACGGCGUUUCCAUUCCUGAGCUGAGGGAGGCAUGUGACUACCUGUGUAUCUCCUUCAACUGCAGCACCAUCAAGUGCAGAGACCUCAGUGCCCUGAUGCACGAGCUGUCCAAUGACGGGGCCCGACGUCAGUUUGAGUGCUACCUGGAGGAGAUGCUGCUGCCGCUGAUGGUGGCCAGUGCCCACAGCGGGGAGAGGGAGUGUCACCUGGUGGUGCUGACUGAUGACGAUGUGCUGGACUGGGAUGAAGAGUAUCCUCCGCACAUGGGAGAGGAGUACUCACAAAUCAUUUACAGCACCAAACUCUACCGCUUCUUCAAAUACAUUGAGAACAGAGAUGUGGCCAAGUCUGUGCUGAAAGACCGAGGACUGAAGAAGAUCCGACUGGGCAUAGAAGGCUACCCUACCUACAAAGAGAAGGUGAAGCGGCGUCCAGGAAGUCGCCCGGAGGUGAUCUACAACUACGUCCAGCGUCCUUUCAUUUGCAUGUCCUGGGAGAAAGAGGAGGGGAAAAGUCGCCAUGUGGACUUCCAGUGCGUCAAGUCCAAGUCCACCACCAACCUGGCUGCAGACAUCCCCCAGGACCGGCUGGUGAUUCUCCAACCUUCGGGCCCGCAGCUGGACACACCCCCUUGGGAUGGCUCACACCCGCCGCCCGGCUCAGGCCAGGCGGCGAAGGCCCAGCAGGUUCAUCACACAAUCGCUCCUCGCCGGUCUGAGGAGAUCCAAAGUCCGACACCGAGCAAUCGCACUCAGGCACUUUACCGCCACCAGCCGCACCCCCGACCCCCGCCCCGGUCCGCUUUUGCCACGUCAGCACUUUGAGGGUGGAGAACCUACUGACCUUUGACCUGCAACUAAAACACCACUUUGCCUUUUUGUGCUUCAAACGGAACUCAUUUGCUUUUACUCAGCACACCAAAGUGGUGUGUUCACAACACCACCCAAUGUCUGACCACUAGGUGGCGCUGUUCACCUGACUGGAAGCACACCCUCCAUUUUACACUUACUGGACUUCUUUUUUCAAACAUGUGACCAUGAUGUUGAACAAAUAUUAAAUGCAAGCACAUGCUGACGUCAUGAAGUCAAUCUUUGUUAAAAAAAAUAUGAUCUUAGUUCAUGAAUUUGCACAUUUUCUCCCACCUAGUGGUGGGUGCUGGUAUAACCCUUAAAGUGACAAAGAGAAUGACGAUGGUAUUUGUCUCAACCAGUGAUCUAUAUUAACCAUUCAAGUACAGUAAAGGUUAUUGUUAGCUGAUAUUGAAGCAUCCAUGCAUUCAUAAAACACUGAUGUGUCACUUUUUACUUCAUGAAAACAUCACAUGACCAAUGCAGCUGCUGUUUCUUUGAACUAUAAAGCGCUAA